UUAUGACAGCAAAACUCUUUAAAAAUUGUUGGGGCACCUGGGUGGCUCAGUCGGUUAAGGCAACUUGACUUUUGAUUUCAGCUCAGGUCAUGAUUUCACGUCAUGACAUCAAGCCCCACAGGGCUCUGCACUGGGUUUGAAGCCUACCUAAGAUUCUCUGACCCUCCCCUGCUCUGGCAUGAGUGUGUUCUCUCUCAAAAAAAAAAAAAAAAAAAAAAAAAAGGAAAAAAAUUGUCAUAUGUUCCUGGGGGACAAAAUUACCCCCAGUCCUAUUGAGAACCAUAGGAUAGAGCCCAUUGACUUUAACCUGGCUUUUAAGAUCCUUCAUUAUCUGUUCUCAGUCUGUCUUUCCCAGAACGUGAUCCAGUCUAAAAGAACCACUAAUGCAGGAAUCCUUUCUUUAGUUUCCUCCAUAAAUUAUCUACUUGUCUGGGACACUUUCAAGGAUGGAAAAGACUUAAAACCUUUACUUUGCCAAUUCAGCUUCAUAGUCACUUUGCAUCUACAUAUUGAUUUGUGCCCUGUCACGACCAGAUCAAGGAGAAAGAUUAAACGCUUUAAGAUGAAAAAAAUUGACCUGUGUUUGAGCUCUGAGGGGGCGGAAGUGAUUUUAGCUACAUCAAGUGAUGAAAAACACCCUCCUGAAAAUAUGAUUGAUGGGAAUCCAGAUACAUUUUGGACCACAACAGGAAUGUUUCCCCAAGAGUUCAUUAUUUGUUUUCACAAACAUGUAAGGAUUGAAAGACUUGUAAUCCAAAGUUACUUUGUGAGGACGUUGAGGAUUGAAAAGAGCACCUCUAAAGAGCCAGUUGAUUUUGAGCCAUGGAUUGAAAGAGAUCUAGUCCACACAGAGGGGCAGCUUCAAAAUGAAGAAAUUAUGGGCUUUAGAAUAGGAAUUGAAAAAGGUCGAGAUGCCAAAAUCGGAUGUUAAUUUAAGCAUGAAAGGACAAGGGAGAUUCACAUAAGGGGAACUGGAGCAUAGGAUCAGCAACAAAUAAGCCAAAGAGAGAUGAGGUGGAAAGAGAACCAGCAUUUUUCGACAACAUUCCAUUGGGCUUUGCUUGUCAAGUGGAAUGAAUGCCCGUUGAUGAAGCUGCUGCCUCAUCAGGAGUUUCUCUGUUCCUGCUAGUUUAUCAGGCCCUGGUUUUAGACAAACACACAAAAAAGUAAAACAACUGAAUGUGGGGUGUUUUUUUGUUUUUUGUUUUUUAGAUGAUAGUGUUUGUUUAAUUAAGAUUUCUCUAAAUGAGGCUUAAAGUUAAGUUCCCUUCUUCACAACUUACUGGGCGCAGCGUUUCAAAAGAUUCUGUAGGAAGUUUUUGAAUCCUCUUAAUUAUCUUCUCUACCACCCACAUGUGCCCAAGGACUGGAGAGGCCAGUGGGGGGCAGAAAAAUGAUUAAUUAGACAGAAUAUUAACUGCCUGUUUUUGUCCAUCUUUACUAAUGGGUUAUGAUUAGUAAGCUUCUGGUAAGUAUUUUGUUUCAGAACUCACUGUGAAUCAAGGAGCAUUGCAAAAUUAUAUAGAACAUUUGGAAAACAGUAAGGGGGAAUGGGAAGCUGGAAAUCAGCCAUGAUU